CGCGUUAGGAGGCUCAGGUUGUUGUGCUGCGCUGUCUUCCCGCCUGCGUCAAGGACCUGCCCGGCUCAGUGGUGAGGGUCCUGGCGGCAACGGCUCGGAGAAGCCAGAGGCGGCGGGCGGCUUGCGGCCGGCAGGCGAGGCAGCCAUGGCAUCGGACGAAGGCAAGCUUUUCGUUGGAGGGCUGAGUUUUGACACCAACGAGCAGUCGCUGGAGCAGGUCUUCUCAAAAUAUGGACAGAUCUCCGAAGUGGUGGUCGUGAAAGACAGGGAGACCCAGCGAUCACGGGGUUUUGGGUUUGUCACCUUUGAGAACAUCGAUGACGCCAAGGACGCCAUGAUGGCCAUGAACGGGAAGUCUGUAGAUGGGCGACAGAUUCGAGUGGACCAGGCGGGCAAGUCAUCUGACAACCGCUCCCGUGGGUACCGAGGUGGCUCCACUGGGGGCCGGGGCUUCUUUCGUGGGGGCCGGGCCCGAGGCCGUGGGUUCUCAAGAGGAGGAGGGGAGCGAGGCUACGGGGGGAGCCGGUUCGAGUCCCGGAGUGGGGGCUAUGGAGGCUCCAGGGACUACUACGGCAGCCGGAGUCAGGGCGGCGGCGGCUAUGGUGACCGGAGCUCGGGCGGGUCCUACAGAGACAGCUACGACAGCUACGCUACACACAACGAGUAAAAAUCCUUCCUGCUCAAGAUCGUCCUUCCAAUGGCCGUAUAUUUAAAGAUUUUGGGAGCUUCGCUGAAUCGUUCAUGUGUAGUGAACACAUCUUGUAUUUCCCCUUUUGUAGCCCUUUUGGUUCCAAUCUGUCAAACACAGCCUGACAGCUUCUGAGCCCGAGAGGGCCCAGGUUUAGAGUUUGAGAAAGAGCUGUCCCUUUUAAGGGUUCUGAGAACGUUCUGGAAAGCACUUCAGAUCUCACCCUUUUAUUUUAUCACGAGCCAUGAGUUUUGUUUUUUCGAAAUGGUCGGGGGUUGUGGGUGUGUCUUUUGGGAGGUUGCAUAGCCAUUUUUCUUUCUCUUUUUGGCACGUGGCCCCGUGAAGUUGGGUGCCUCCGUGCACUUGUUUGAAAUUGAAAGGACUCUGAUCCGCUCUUUAUCGGAAGCUGAGCAAGCUGUGGCUUUUUUCCAACUCUGUAAUGUUCUGAGCAUAGCAGGGUAGGACGCAGCCCCAAGGAUACAGCAGCCCCAGGUCUGCCCUGAGCGCUGCCCACCUGUCCCACCUGCACAGAGCUCUCUGACUCGCUGUAAAUGCCUACAGUAGACUUUCAGACGUCCCUGAGAGGGUCUUGAAAAUGUUUAUUUAUAUUGUCCUUUUUUACUGGAAGACGUAUUGCAUAUUCCAUUGAUGUUGUAUUUGAAGUGGUUAAGGAAUUCUUGUACGCAGUUCUCUCUGGCUUCACGAAGCCGAUUAAAAGACCGUCUGAAACGAA